GCUGCCCCUUGCUGAGUUGGUCGCAAUCAUUGUUUCUCUGCAGCAUUAACCACAUUCCAGAGAGGCGCAGCGCAUCCUGUCUUCCUCCCCGCAUUCCUUUUACGCAAACGAGUCCCCUGCGUAAAACGCGAUUUUAUUUACAUUUUCGUCCGCUUGGCGAGCUCACACCCGCAUACAAAGGUUAUCUGCGGCAUAUACGGUUAUCCGGACUACUUUGAUUCCACGCACAGAGGCAGGAAGAGAAAUCUAGAGGAAAAACCAACAAGGGGAAAUUCCUCCGCGCAGCGCGCCAUUGACUGUAAAGACCUUUCAACUUAACAAAAACUGAAGUUGACAAACGUAUCCCUGUCGGCUGAAACUGUGAGAAAGAGUUUGUUUUUUCGGCGGAGCGGGGAAAGCAGGAGCGGACGAUGCGGCUCUCGGUGCAGCUUUCUGGCUCCGUUGGUCGUUUUGUGUAAAUGAGCGACGGCUGUUCGGCGGCGUUUUGUUUUGAUUUCCAUGUGAAAUGCAAUUAGAGCUCCGCGGUGCUCGCUAGUUUGGCUCUCGGAGCGGAGCACACUCUCAACUUGUUUCUCGCCUCGGGAGCACAACAUGGAGCACUAUCAGGAAGAUUUGGGACUCCGGGCCACUAAGCUGAUGGAGGAUCUUUCCCUGUACGAUGCCUACAAAGACGGGAUGUACAACGCCAGGAGAGACUUGGUGAUUAACCCCGAUUUAGACUUUUCGGCUCCGGCAGUCUCGGAGCACAAAACUAAGCCGAUGAAUGGUACCUCUGUGCUCCACCAGCAGCAUCACACUGUGGAGAAUUUCACGGCUGGGAAUAAAGUGUACAACGCGGCUCCGGUGCGCCCCGUCAACUGCAACCGGACCGUUCCGGUGGAUUUCUGCGCCCCUCAGAGAGACGCGGUGUACAGUGAGGAGGGCUGCUGCACCAAAUCCGAGGUGGCGCUGCCCUGCUACACGGGCGCGUCCGAACGGCACCGGAGGUACUCUCUGGAGGUGCAGGGCCACAGGUACAGCACCGGCUCCACCUUCGACGGCGUGCCGCUCAACAAGCCGGUGGCUCUGCCCGGCAACAGGUGCAACAGCGUCUGCAUCACCAGCAGCCACGACGGCAGAUACAACGCCACCAGCCCCCGGUCCAGCCUGGCAUCCUCUCUGUCCUCCCAGGAGCAGAGCAAGCAUGCCAGCCCGAGGUCGAGCAUCAGCAGCCCGCGCACCAGUCUGGUGGUGCCGGGGCAGGACAGGUACACGAGCCCCAGGUCUAGUUUGGUUCACUGUGAAGGCAACAGUGUCCUCAGCCCCAGAUCCAGCUAUGCAAGCACCGCCAGCGACACCAGUAAACACUCCAGCCCCCGGGCCAGCCUCAACAGCUGCGACUGCUGCAGCAAACCCAGCAGCAACCGCACCAGCGGCAUCAGCAUGGGCUACGACCAGAGGCACACCAGCCCCAGGUCGAGCACGGCCAGCCAGUACUCGUUCACCACCAGCCCCAGAUCCAGCUACUCUGACUCCCGCUACGGGCCCGUGGUCAACCACGAUCUGGAGGGGGCCAUCCUGCACGCAGCGCCGCUGGCCAGCCCCCGGUCCAGCAUCUGCAGCCAGGACGGGAGCGCAAGACCGGGGACCAGCGCCAACUGCGUGGUCAGUCCGCGCUCCAGCAUCUCCAGUCACAGCUCCAGAAGUUCCCGCAGCUCCAGGGGAUCUAUGAGCACCUACCCGGACCUGCAGCUGCCGUCGCCCCGGUCGUCCAUGCUGGGCAGCAGCUUACACGAGGACACGCUGCUGCAGGAGUUUGGAGACUCCAACGGCAUCCAGACGCGCCUCCAUCUCCAGGGGCUGUCUGCGAUGCCCGAGCCCCAGCAGCAGGCAGCCCAGACGGCAGGGACGGCGGACAUAACCGUGGGGUCACCGUCGUCGUUCAGUUACGGGAUGUCCUCUAAAACGGCCUCCUCGGGCCAGAGGUUUAAGCUUCCUUACCAGGUGACCCCCAGCCGGGAGAGCGGGCCGAGCCAGGCGGAGAAAAGGCUGGAGGCGCUCACCUUGGAGCUGGAAAAGGAGUUAGAGAUGCACAUGAAAAAGGAAUACUUUGGUAUCUGUGUCAAAUGUGGGAAGGGUGUAUAUGGAGCCAGCCAAGCCUGCCAGGCCAUGGGGAACUUGUACCACACAAACUGCUUCACCUGCUGCUCCUGUGGGAGGAGGCUGCGAGGGAAAGCGUUCUACAACGUCAACGGGAAGGUCUAUUGUGAAGAGGAUUUCCUGUACUCUGGUUUCCAGCAGACGGCCGAGAAGUGCUUUGUGUGCGGUCACCUCAUCAUGGAGAUGAUCCUCCAGGCACUCGGCAAGUCCUACCAUCCAGGCUGUUUCCGCUGCGUGGUGUGUAAAGAGGGGCUGGACGGAGUGCCUUUCACAGUGGACGUUGAAAACAACAUCUACUGUGUCAAAGACUACCACACGGUUUUUGCUCCCAAGUGUGCCUCAUGCAACCAGCCCAUCCUUCCAGCCCAGGGCUCUGAGGAGACCAUCCGGGUUGUUUCGAUGGACAAGGACUACCACGUGGAGUGCUACCACUGUGAGGACUGUGAUCUCCAGUUAAACGACGAGGAGGGCCACCGCUGUUAUCCACUGGAAGGCCAUCUGCUCUGCCACGGCUGCCACAUCCACCGGCUCCAGUCACAGGUCCCCGCCCACCCGCCCCCCAGCUACCCCCUCCACGUCACCGAGCUGUGAGGGGACUUGGUGGAGGACCGAGCUCCGCCUUCCCAGGUGAUCCGGGACACCAGCAGCGGGCGAAAAAAUAGGCCUGCCCCCUUCCUCCAGCAGUUCCAGGAAAGCCUCUGCGUGGCCCUCUGAGCUACUACUGCCCCUGUCCUCAGCUGGACAGCCCGGCCGUGGACCAGCUCCCACCACAAGCCCCGCUGUCACAUGGCAGGGUUGGGGGAAAAAAAAGGGUCCCCCCUCUUCCUCCAUCUGUGGUCCUUUCCUUCCCCGUUCUCCUUCCCCUUGGGUGCCUAACCCUGAAAGCCAACACGCCGGCUCACCCAGAGGCCCCCGGUGACGUCACACCUUCUGACCCCUGCACAUUCAUCAAAGGGAGGGUUUUUGGAUCGGAGGGAAGACGCACACUCGUCUCUUUCCUUCGCUUCCCUCUCUUCUUUUCCAUGUUUUUCAUUCCUGUGCUCUGACUGAAGUGGUUCACCGCAGUGAAUUCACCAGUGCUGUCACGUCUGAGAACGCUGCUGAUGUCGACGUCGGGAAGGCCGGGGAACGAGCCGCUGCAUUCCAGUGCUGGCUGGAGUGGACGGGGGCCCCGAGGGUGGGCAUGCCGUGCCUUCAGAGCGGGCGCUCUCCGAGCAGCUUCUAAACACUGAAAAUGGAGCCCUGCAAAAGGCUAUGCAAAGGACACCCAGCAUCACGACAGAGGGCUGAGAGAAAAACAGUCGACUCAUCGCUCGCCGCCCUGCACCACCCUGACAUAACAGAUGCACCGUAGCACCACAAGCCCAGAGGACCGACUGACAUUCCACUUAGAAGUCUAAGACGACACCUCGAGAGAUUCACAAGCAGUGUCUUAAUUAAUGAUUAUAUUAUGACGGAAAAUUUUAGAUGCACAUAGAUUGUCUUUUAUAUAUGAAUAUAUAUUUUGCAGAUGUUUUCCACAUAAGAUCCUAGAGGUAGAUUUUUUUUUUUUUUUUAAUGUUGCUGCGCUCGUGAUAGAAUCAGAGGUGAAACUGUCUGUCGUGCAGUCUGAAGCCUCUGAAGCUUUUGGGUCUGUUGUAUCAUUUCUCCUCCAGGACACAGAACCGCUUCAUGUCUGUCAGCGGCUCAGAGAUCCACAGGCUUUGUAGGAGCAGACCGAGCUCAAACUGUAUUUGCCUUCAAUUGUUUUAUCCCACUUUGAGUACAGAUUGACUGUUGCUGUGAGGUCUGUUUUACGGUAUUUCCCCAAACCAUAUUGCAGAGGUUCUCAGACUUAUUGCUCAAAGGCCCAAAUCUGAUUUUUUAUUUCAGGUUAUAGGUCAGGAAUGAUCGGUACAAACAAAGUAACUUUUAGCCAACUCGCCUAUAAAUUUUUGUAACAUACAUUCAUGUUAAAGACGGUUAAGGUACAGUAGAUUCAUGGCUACGUGCACAAGUGUGACAGCUGAGCUCUGAUGCACCGUUAAACUUUACAUCUGUUGUGAUUGUUCCAGCAGGAGACCAAGUCAGACACAGCUCAGACAGUUUGUCCAUAUUUAUUUCUGACUGAAACCUUACAUUUACAUUAGUUGUAGAAAUUGCGCGUUGUCUCUUGGACAGUUGUCAUCGUCAUGACAACAGUAUCAACAACAGGAUAAUAACUCCAUUAAAACCACGUUAAUGUGGCUACAGAAUUAUUUCCAGCUACGCCUUGUACUCAAAAUCACUAACAAUUUAUUGAUUAAUAGAAAACCUCAAAUUAGAAAAUGCUACACUUCAUGACAUAUUCUAUUCAUAACAGGAGGUCUGGACUUAGUCCAGAUGUUCACCUCGGUCUGAACAUUGAGAACCUUUGCCCUGCUGAUUGAAGAUGGUUUACAACUGAUGUUAGCACUCUGUGUUUUAAACAUACGGACUGAACAGAUUAACCCUCUGAACCCCAAGCAGUUUCUGGGCAUUUCUUUGCUCCUGUCACAGUUCUACUCACUGUGGCUCAUUUUUCACAGCAAUGUGAAGUUCUGCACCUCUGUGGAAACAACAUGAGUCACACAUGUGUUUUAUGUAGUAUAACAAAGUUAUAAAGCCUGUUGAACAACAACAACAACAACAACAACAACAAACAUGUUUGAUUAUUUAUUUUAACAAGAACUGAAAAAAAAAAAAUUUGAAUCCACACAUACAUCUUUUUUUCUAAGUGAUUACACUGGAGAUAAAACAAGGACUCUACAUACUGUAGAUAUAUACUUCUUACAAUUUAACUAAUUCCCAUACUUGUCUCAUAUUCCUCUGUAAAACCACAUCCUGCAGUUCAGCUGAAUAUUUCUCACAUGACUUUUGCUGAAUCUCUAAUAACUUCUCAUUUGUACCAGGAAGCACAGAAUUUUACAGAAUCUAUUUUGGGUACAUUUUUGAAUGAGACAUGUAGAAUAAUGUGAUUUUGAUGAAAUAGCACAAUUUUGAAUUUAGACUUAGUUGAGUUUGAUGAUUCUUCCUGUUGUUCCAGUUUCUGGCUCUGAUAAAUAGUUUAUUUUUUUAAAAAGAUACCAAGUCUUGCAAACCUGCUGGCAGGUUUUGGGGUUCAGAAGGUUAACCCUCCCCAAACACAGACUUUAAUGAUGCAAUAGUAAAAGCUCUAUGUGGUGUCUAUAUGCUCUGGAUAAAUCCUACAAAAUGUAACACAAGCAGGUGUCUUAAACCCUUCAAGUCUGACUCUCUGUCAUCACAUCAAAAGUUGUCACAAUUGACACUUUAAUCUUAAACUCUUAGGUAAAGGAUUAGCAAAACAAAAGGUCCUUAAAAACAAAGAUUUACCGCGUUUGGUGGAACACUGAACACUCAGCAGUCACCAUAGAAGAGAAAAUACCAGCUGUCACUCUAAGAGUGAAUCAUUGUCUGCUAGAAAAAAUUCCCAAAAUGAAGUAUUAAUGAGCUUUGUGGCUUAAAUGAUAAAAAAUGCAUUUUAAAACAAUGGAACUGGAGAAGGCUUGGCUGAUUAUGUCACGUUUGUCAAGCUGCUGUACUGGAGAGUGCUUUGUUGGCAGGCAGUUUGUUGUCAUGCAGGCGCGCAUAUGAAAUCAUGACUUUAAUGAUUUUUUUUUUUUUUUAAACCAGGAAGUAGCUACAUUCCUUCCAAGGAGAGAUAAAUGUAAAACACCUCGGGCAAAUUUGAAACUAAUUGUCACUCACUGACACUUCUGCUACUUUAGGUGCUCAAAGUGGAAUAAAACCUCAAUGCAUGCUGAUCCGCAGAUACCUUUUGUUCCAGGUCUGUUCAGGACACUGUUUCCUGGUAUGUUCUCCACACACUGUUUUUUGUCAUAUGAGCACACAGUGCGUUACUAUGAGGAACCUCUGCUUGUCCACAUGCCUUAAGACACAGCAGGUAUGUUUGUUUGUGUGUCUCGCUCUGGUCUGCCGUGAAGUCUGCUGUUGUGUUUUGGGAGGACGUCUCUGAGAACACGGAGCUGCUGGUCCCACCCGUGUUUUUCAGGCAGCCGCCCCCCCCUUUCUUGCUGAUUGUGUGUGUGUAUGUGUGAGAGAGAGAGAGUGUGUGUGCUGGCAGGCACUUGCAUGUGUGAGUACUGUGUGAGUAUAUGCGUAUAUAUGCAAAAGAAAAUCUACAAAAACACUUGAAACUUCCAGCUGUGGUGGUGCUGGAAAACUAUUCUCACCAUUCCCCACCGGACUCUGCUGUCAAUGAGUUUAAUUGGAUCGGCGCUCGACAGAUCAUUCCCCGUGUGCACACGAACCCACAGUUCUAGAUAUUCUCUCUCUGAGAAAAGCUCUUAAUUCUGAGCUUCUGCAUAUUUGUGCAGAUGAACCCCAACGACAUGUGCUUAUUUCAAAUAUGAGCAAGUUGUGUGAAUGUGAAGUGUGUAUGUGUGUGUGUGUGAGAGAGAGAGUGUGUGUGUGUGUACUAGUGGCAGGGCCAUGACACAUGCACCUCACUGUGUUUGCAGGGCAGCGCAGCAUCCAACACAGUGACCCCUGCUCUCUCUGUUAGAACCCAGUGAUGAUUCUGAUGAUGCUGUCUGUCCAUCACAUACCUUACUCCAGAUGUUUGUGUCUAAUUCUUGGUGAUUGUGUGAACGUCUCUCCGGCACCGUAUUGGAUCUGGAACAUGUGGAGCUCACGCGUGUUUUAAACUUUUGACUGUAGCAAACUCCACCAAUGUGAUAGUUAACCCGAAACAAUCGCCGACUAUUACUUGCAAACACUGGCACAGCUCUUCUUCAUACUGUAAUACUGUAACCCACACAGGUCUGAGUAAAUACUACUGAAUGUGACAAAAACAGAGACUGAAGGCAGGGGUCACCACAGGCAGAAAGUGCUUUUUUUAUUUUUAAUGUAACCUGAUGUAAUGAGAUUCAUUUGAAUGUAAUAAUGAUUUGUAAAAGCAGAAAAGAAAAGGACUGCAUACUGUACACGAGACAUUCCCCUUGUCGUUUGAUGUGUUUCACCUCAGCUUUGUACAAGGGUCCAGUAAUGUGUGCUAUACUUGAAGAAUGAGGCACUCUCUGAAUUUAUCUGCACAAUAUCAACCCCCGAGAGAAACUUAACAAGACCAGAGUGUGUGCCCUUUAAAGAUGUCUUAAUUCACUUGUUUUAAAAAGUACUACUUCAGUUUUUAUUGCAUAGCACACAGCUAGUUACCCUGUACAUAAAGAGGCUAGUUUUUUAUUUUAUUUUUCUGUCAAAAAAUCACUUGGAAAGAGAAGACAACUUCUUCUUCUUGGUCUCCUCCUCCUACUGGUAGUUCCAAUAAGCACAUCUCGACACCUGUCACACAUCUUUUAUAUCGCUAAGUGUUUUUGAUUACCUAGAUGGUUCAUUUAAAAAAAGAAAAAAAGAAGAAAAAAAAGGAAACUAGAUCUAUUUAUCUAAACAUGAAAAAGUCUAAAGUUAUUUAAUGUAUUAAAAUCGGGACGUAUCAUUUAACUGUAGAUGACAUAAUCUGCUUUUUCAAUAAAGUGGUUUUGUAGCUAACUGCAAAA